AUGGGCAAUUAUGUGCGUCACUCUGAUUCUGGUGAUAUUAAAUCGACUGAUCUAGCCUCGGUGGAUCCUGAACUUCUCGAAUUCGGAAAGCGCAGCUGCUCUGACUUGUUUGAGCGUUCCACGGAAUAUGACGUCCUUUUGGAAAGAAAGGGUAUUUUUGAACUGCUUGGCCCCAAAAAGACAAGCAAUUCUGAACUAUUACGCAAAAUACUGGUUCCCGUAAUUUUGAAGCCUGAAAACUUCGAUGAUUAUCCAUAA